GAAAAGUACCAAACAAAGCAAAACCGCCGCAUGUGUCCUUCAGACUACAGAAAUGUUGAAGAAAUAAAAAAAGACGUAAAAACAAACGCCCUGAGGGUCACGUCGUCAGCGUCAUGACGUCGUUCCGUCGUAACCUAGGAGAUGUUCUGUUUACUUCCGGGUUGUCGAAAACAAGAGGGGCAACAACACGCCUAUGAAACCGUGCAAAGCGGAUUAAAGUCCUACAGACAUGGCCGGGGAGUCCGAGGACGAGAUUCCUGAAUCAGGAGCAGUUUUCACUUUUGGAAAAAGCAAAUUUGCGGAAAACGUCCCCAGUAAAUUCUGGCUGAAAAAUGACGUCCCCUUGAAGAUAGCGUGCGGAGACGAGCACACCGCCUUAAUAACAGGAAACGGGAAGCUCUUCAUGUUUGGAAGCAACAACUGGGGCCAACUGGGUCUGGGGUCCAAGCUGACCGUGAGCAAGCCCACCUGUGUCAAAGCUCUUAAAUCUGAAAAAGUCCAGCAUGUGGCCUGUGGGAGAAACCACACCCUCAUCUGCACAGCUCGGGGCAAAGUGUUCGCCUCGGGGGGGAACAGCGAGGGUCAGCUGGGGCUCGGCGACUGCGCGGAGAGGACGUCCUUCCAGAGGGUCGACUUCCUGGAUUCCCACGGACCAAUCAAAAUGCUCGCUGCCGGCUCGAACACCUCCGCCGCCCUCACAGAGUGCGGAAAACUGUUCAUGUGGGGCGACAACGCGGAGGGGCAGAUCGGGUUGGGGAAGGAGAGCCACGCCUCGUCGCCGCAGGAAGUCAGCGUGGGGCGACCAAUCAGCUGGGUGUCCUGUGGAUACUACCACUCUGCCUUAGUCACAGCUGACGGCGCUCUCUACACCUUUGGCGAGCGGGACAACGGUAAACUGGGCCUGAGCACGGAGCAGCUGGCCCAGCACCGCGUCCCCCAGCCGGUGAAGAGCCUGAAGGAGCCGGUGAGCCAGGUGGCCUGUGGAGGAGGACACACCGUGGCCCUCACAGAGGACGCCGUCUUCACCUUCGGUCUGGGUCAGUUCGGGCAACUGGGUCACGGGACGUUCGACUUCGAGGCUCGGGUGCCGCGGCCCAUCCGUCACUUCAAGAAGGGUCGCGUCCGCCAUGUGACGUGCGGCGAAAACCACACCGCCGUCCUCACAGACGGCGGCCUGCUCUACACCUUCGGAGACGGACGCCAUGGGAAACUGGGCCUGGGAGAAGAGAACUUCACCAACCAGUUCAAACCCACCUUGAGCCCACGCUUCCUCCAGUACAACGUUCAGGCCGCUUCCUGCGGCGGCUGCCACAUGGUGGUUCUGGCCCGGCCGAGGGACGAGAGCUGCGCCGACGUGACUCUGGAGGCAGACGACGUGACGGAGGACCACCUGGAGAAGCCGUACGAGCAGCUGCUGGGGGACGCGGCCGACUGCUCCGCCCUGCAGAGGAGCCUCUCCGCCCGGGUCCGCCGGAGGGAGAGGGAGAGAUCCCCGGAGCAGUUUGGCGCCCCGUUCCGCACGCUGCCCGCCACGACGCCCAGCUACCUCCACCCGCCGCCGCCGCCGCCCCUCUCCAGCCAGAGCGUCCCGCCUCCACCCGAGCUGGGCCUCAGAAAGGUGCUCAACGGCACUCACCAACACAGGAGCGCAGGGUCAAUGCACCAGGAGCAGACGGCGGGCGAGGCAGACGGCGUGGUGGAGAGCCUGACGGACAGCGACAGCGUGAAGGGCCUGGGAGAAACCUCCGACUUCCUGAACAUGACUCACGUGAUGAAGAUGGACCCCGCUGAUCAAUCGCUCACUUUGUCUCCAGUUCAGAAGAGGAAGGGUAAGCCCGGUAAGGCCUCCAAAGGGCACCCAAAAGAGGAGAGGAAGCUCUGGGGGCAGAGCAGCUUCUCUCCUGGUGGGGCAGUGAGCCCCCCCCGACGCAGAACCACCAAUCGGAACAAAGAGAACGUGAUGGAGCAGCUGCAGAGGAGGCCCGGCGGGGACAAGCCCAGUGGCGGGGACAUCAGAAGGACGGCUUCCGGGCGGCGGCUCCGGCCGGCUGAGGGGAGGGGCCGGCUGACGGAGGUCAGCAGGAGGCUGGACGCGGCCUCCCUGGGCCCUGAACCUGUCCGAGAGCAGAGCACAGCCAUCGCGGUGCAGAGUCGGCGAGCGGGGAGCCCGGCGGGCCCACCGCGGCGGAGAGAGAGCGGCGACCUUUUGAAGCGAUCCAAGAGCGAGAAAAACAAAAAAAAGGACAAGGCGGCGAAGCUCGGCCUGCUCGCCGGAGCCGCCGCCCUCGCCGCGGGGGGGUCGCUGAUGAUGCACCAGGCGGCAUCCAGAAGCUCGCCGCCGCCAUCUGAUUUAAGCAUCAACAUCAUACCUGAGGGUCAAGUGGGGGAGGAAGGGAAGGGAUGGGGGGAAGAGAGGAAGGACUCUGCAACGGCAGAAGAGGAGGAAGAGGAGGAGGAGAAGGAGGAAGGGAAGAGGACGAGGGCAGAAGUCAGUGAGGAGGAGGAGGAGGAGGAGGAGGAGGAGGAGGAAGGGAAGAGGACAGGGACAGAAGUCAGUGAGGAGGAGGAGAAGGAAGAAAACGAAGUCAUUCACUUUAUUGAGAAAUUUACUGAAGAAGAAGACGAAGAAGAAGAAAUCAACACUCUUCAACCUGAGGAUGAGUCCGAAACUGAAAAAGGCAAAGAGAAGAGCAGAGAUGAGGAGGAAGAUGAGAGCAGUGCGCUGGAAGAAGAAACAGAAGAGGAAGAGGAGAGCAGUGCGCUGGAAGAGGAAGCAGAGGAGGAAGAGGAGAGCAGUGCGCUGGAAGAGGAAGCAGAGGAGGAAGAGGAGGCUAGCUCCACAGCAGAAAGUGAAAGUGAAGAUGAGACGGAAUCAAGGGAGAGCAAAUUAGGGGAUGCAGAAGGGGAGGAGGAUGAGGAGGAGUCCAGUCAUGACACAGAGAGCAAAGGGGAAGAGUCUGAAGGUGAAGAAGAGGGUCUGGAUAGUGAGGAAGAGGACGAUGAAAGUGAGUCCUCAAAGUCAUCAGAGGAGGAGGAAGAGAGUGAGACAGAGAGAGGAGAAGAGGAGGAGGAAAGUAGUGCUGAGGAUGAAGAGGAAGAGACAGCGAGUAGUGAGGAAGAAGAGGGUGAAAAUGAAGAAGAAGAGGAGGAGGAGGAGAGUGAAGAUGAAAAGCGGGAGGAGGAGGAGGAGGAAGAAGAGGAGAGUCAAGGUGAAAAGGAGGAGGAAGAGGAAGAGAGUGAAGAUGAAAAGUGGGAGGAGGAGGAGGAAGAGGAACAAGAGGAGGAGGAGGAAGAAGAAGAAGAGGAGAGUCAAGGUGAAAAGGAGGAGGAGGAAGAGGAGAGUGAAGAUGAAAAGCGCAAGGAGGAAGAAGAGAGCACUGAGGACGAGGAAAAAGAGAGUGAGGAGGAAGAGGAGGAUCAGAACAGCGAGGAAGAGGCUGAGGAAGAGGAGGUUGAUAGCGGUGAGGAGGAAGGUAAAGAAGUAGAGGAAGAAGAAGAAGAAGAGGAGGAAGUUGUGAAAGAGAAAAGGUCUUCUGAGGUGAAAAGUGUAAAGUCUGGAAGAAGGCAGAGGUCAGGGGUCAAAGGUCAGGCAGCAGACGAGUCGGAGGAGUUCUGGGACGACGUUCUGCCGCAGUACCUCCAGCUGAAGUAACGCCCAUCAUCAGCAUCACAUCUGCUUCACUGUGAAGACUCAGCAGGUCCCUGAACUCAUCGCUCACGGUGCCUUUACUGCCGGCUGUCAUUAUAACAUUUACAUUUUUAAUCAUUUCAUUUCAUGUUUUUAUUCAUUCAAUUGUUGGAUUUUUUUUUUGUAUUUCUUUUGUUUCUGUUAAAAAUAUAUUAUUCAUUUUCAUAUUCAUUUCAGAACAAACUAUCCACAGAGCUCCGAUUUGUUUUAUUUUCUAUUCUUUAUAUUUAUAUUUCUUUGUGUUUAAAUUGAUAGUUUUCUCUUUAAAACAUCUUCAAAUGUCCUAAAAACAAAAAAGAUGUACGAUAACUUACAUUGUUUCCUGUGGAAUGACUUCCUGUCUGGAGCCCUCCAGAUGUUGAGAUGUUUCGGAGUCUCAGGUGGGGCUCUUUUUUUUUACAAUCCCUCCCGUAGUCCCGUCCCAGCAUGCACUGCUGUAGUCUGGAGGAACUCCACAGGUACCAAACCAUCCCAGUAGGAUGAAGAUGUCCUUCCUUCAUCUUGAUCUCGAACCCUGACUCUGUGCCAAUUCAUCUUAGGUUAAGAGUUUAAAUGAAUGAAACAUCUGAUUAUGACAUAUUUGAUUGACACUUUUCAUCAGGAUGCAAGUGAAGGAUCUGCUCCGACGUGGAGCACGGGUCAAGAGGAGGAGGAACAAGAAGAAGAGGACACUGAUACGUCAGCUGAGCAGAGUUUAGACGACCCGACGGAGGAGCCGACGGAGGAGCCCA